AUGGCAGCAGAGAGCCAGCAUGCGAACGAAUUCAACUCCGACGAUUCGGUUGUUAAAUUGCAAGAAGAUACACCACCAGGGCCACCACCGAUCCCAAAUGGUGGACUAAAAGCCUGGCUACAGGUGGUUGGAGCUCACUUUCUCUGGUUCAAUACAUGGGGUAUUGUGAACUCCUUUGGUGUUUACCAAGCAUACUACGAAAGCGACCUUCUUUCCAACCGUUCACCAUCUGAGAUAUCGUGGAUUGGAACUUUCCAGGGCUUCCUCCUGGUUUGCGUUGGCAUCGUCGGCGGGCCACUCUUUGACUAUGGAUACUUUCACUACCUUAUGGUGGUGGGCUCGCUCUUGAUUGUCGUUGGGUUAAUGACGCUGAGCCUUGCAACUACAUACUGGCAGAUAUUCUUAGCCCAAGGUCUUUGCAUUGGACUGGGAGCUGGAUGCUUAUUUGCGCCUAGCAUAGCAAUCGUCGCUACCUACUUCAGCACAAAACGAGCUCUCGCUACCGGUAUUACAGCCGCCGGUGGUAGCAUUGGAAGCGUCAUCUAUCCGAUCGUCCUUCGCAGGCUUGCUCCACAGGUUGGCUUUCCUUGGGCGACAAGGGUGGUUGGCUUUAUUGCUCUCUUUGGCCUUGUCAUCAGCAACUUGGUAAUGAGGACUCGCCUACCUCCACCAAAGGCAGCUCGGCGCUUUGUCGAUGCUCGUGCAUUUCGGUCCGUCCCCUUUGUCCUCCUCGCCAUUGGGUUCUUCCUCAACGUUGCCGGUCUCUACAUUCCAAUCUUUUAUAUCAUCCUAUAUGCACAGCGGAAGAUCGGCGUCGCAGAGGAUCUGUCAUUCUAUCUCCUUGCUGUACUUAAUGCUUCCUCAGUCUUUGGGCGUAUUAUCCCAGGCUUGUUGGCAGAUAAGUUUGGCUCAUUAGAAAUUAUGACUGUUUGCACGCUUAUAUGCGCUCUUCUAUCUUAUGUAUUGAUUGCGAUUCACAACCUUGCUGGUAUCGUAAUCUUUUGCAUUUUAUACGGCUUUAGCUCUGGAGCAAUAUUGUCUCUCGCACCCACCUCGGUUGGAAAAUUGAUUCCAGAUCUCUCCUUGUUCGGCACAUGGCUCGGGAUCGCUUUCCUUUUUGUCGGCACUGGCUUAUUGAUUGGAACUCCGAUAGCCGGAGUCCUGAUCAAUCUUGAGUCAAAUAGUUUCAGCAACGGGUAUAUCUUUGGUGCGAGCUGUGUUUCAGGGGGGACAGUAAUGUUCACUCUGGUGCUAUUAGUCCAGCGCAAGAUUAUUAAGAUCUGUAGUUCUUAA